UAUUUUUUUGAUGGAACUCAACUCAGUACCCCCACAAAUUCAAAUCACUGAGCUCCGAACGGUCAGUUAGUGUUUUUGCUUCAUUUCAGAGAAGAGGAAAAAAAAAAACAGAGUUGAGUUUCUCUCUGAAGAAGAAAACCCAAAAAAAAAUGGUGGUCGCGAAACAAUCAAAUUACGAAGAGUUUCGUCUGAAAAGAGUGGAAGAGAACAAGAAACGAAUGGAAGCUCUGAAUCUUCCAAAGCUCAGUCGAAAUCUCAAUCCCACUUCUCUCAAGACUUCCCCAAUGAAGAAGAGAUGUAUUCCUCGGACACCAGAGAAGGCUGAGAAGCAGAUGGUGAUUGUCCGUAGAUCUAGCCGUCUCUCUAAUUCUUCUUCUACUCCUGUUUACAGAGAAGUUGAUCUCCAACGAGUUCAGAAUCGCAGAAGUAAAAGGAGAAACUUGUCAAAUCGGGUUUAUGUUUCUGACAAAAUCAGAGACGAGGCUAUUGCAAGAGCUGAGAAAUUUCAGGCUGAUUUGGGGAGUGAUUACCCAAGUUUUGUUAAAUCUAUGCUUCAAUCACAUGUUUCUGGUGGCUUCUGGCUGGGUCUUCCAGUUCAGUUCUGCAGAUCUCACCUCGGGAAACAUGAUGGUGUCAUAACUUUGAUAGAUGAAGAAGGCGCGGAGUAUGAGACCAUCUACUUAGCGAAAAGGACUGGACUUAGUGGUGGAUGGAUGGGGUUUGCGAUUGCUCACAAUCUAGCGUAUGGAGAUACUCUUGUUUUCGAGUUAGUUCGCCCAACCGCUUUCAAGGUUUACGUUAUAAGAGUUGGAAGUUCUGGAGAAAGCUCAGAGAUAUGAGCUGAUCAUGUCAAGAAUUUGGAAAUGGCCCGAGUUAGAACUUUAUUGCCCUUUUUGUCUUUUGUAUGUAAGAAGCUAUAACUCUAGGCUAAUUGUGCUCUUCACCGCUAAAAUAUGAUAUAUGAUUAACGUUGUUUUGGAACUUGGAAGUGGUUAUGUCCAUUACUCAAGGUGCAAAAUCUUCUAAAUUGAAAGAAUGGGAGAUAACACUA